AUGGAGGCGGGACAGUUGUGGCGGCAGUAUGUGAUCGCCGGCGUCGCGAACAUUGCAAUGGCAUCCAGUGGUUAUUCUAUGGGAUGGACCUCGCCUAUUUAUAUCAAGCUGCAAGACGAAAACCUGACGGACUCCCCCCUGCCAGCGCCAUUGACCAUAGAUGAGGCUGCCUGGGUGGGUUCCCUCCUGCCCAUUGGAGCCAUAAUGGGUUCUCUCAUUGGUGGUAUAGCGGCUUCGAAGAUUGGACGCAAAUGGGGUCUCCUUUGUGCCGCAUUUUCACAGCUUGUGGGUUGGAUCCUCGUGACAACUGCAACCAACGUAGGAUUCCUUUACGGCGGCAGAAUAUUCUGGGGUAUCGCCCUCGGCAUGCAGUUCACCUUAUUGCCAAUGUACUGUGCCGAAAUCGCUACCGAUGACGUGCGAGGUGCUCUCGGAUCCUUUCUCCAGACUUUUAUGAACGUCGGAUACUUAUUAGUGUAUGGCAUUGGUCCCUACACCUCAUACAGCGUAGUGGCAUACGUUGGCCUGGCAUUUGUGGCUGUGUUCGCGAUCUGUUUCUUUUUUAUGCCAGAAACGCCCAUGUAUCAUCUUAGUAAGAAUAACCGGGAGCUAGCAGAGCAAUGCUUGAAGCGUAUACGUGGACAAUCCCACGCGGGUGUUGAAUCCGAGCUUAACCAAAUGGCUGCUCAUAUCAGCGCGUCAAUGGAGAAGACUGCAACGGUAGCAGACAUCUUCCGUGGCAGCAAUUUCAAGGCGUUCUACAUCACCUGUGCGUUAGCUUUCUUCCAGCAGUUCAGCGGUAUCAAUGCUGUCCUCUUCUACAUGAGCAACAUCUUCAGCGCGGCUGGUUCUAAUCUGGACUGGUCGAUCUCUACAAUUAUCGUUGGUGCCGUACAAUUGGUGGCUUCAAUGAUAACACCGCUGGUGGUAGAUAGACUUGGAAGACGUAUCCUGUUAUUGGUGUCCACUUGUGGCACUGCCAUUGCACUGGGUCUUCUAGGCAUGUACUACUUGUUAAGCGAUCAGGAAAGCCCAGUCGUAUCCAGCAUUGGCUUCCUGCCGGUUUUAUCAAUGGUACUGUUCAUCGUAACGUACAGCUGGGGGCUGGGACCCCUUCCCUGGGCAAUGCUGGGCGAGUUGUUCCCCAUCGAGGUCAAAGCCGUCGCAACGCCCUUAGUUUCGGGUUUCUGCGGGAUUCUAACGUUCUUGGUGACUCGGUAUUUCGAGCCAAUUGCAAACGCGGUAGGGAUGUACGUGGCGUUCUGGUUGUUCGGCGUGUGCUGUCUCGCCGGGUUCUUCUUCACGCUGUUCCUCGUGCCCGAGACCAAGGGCAAGAGUCUGCAGGAGAUACAGGACAUGCUGGUCGGCAGGAAAUCCAAGCCAGGGAAGGCAUAA